CCAACAAUGGAGAAGGAGAGAGCGGAGACUUGGCGGGCGGAGCGAGAGUGCCGUGUGCAAAAAGGAGUAACGGGACGCCACCGGACUUUGGACUUUGAAAAGAAGGUGCCACAUCUCAGCAGCGGUGCGGCACACAAACAUGUCGCAUGCGUCCCCGGGAUCAGCGGGACGGCAGCAUCAGGCUGGACGGCGGCGGGAAGCAGUGCGUCAAGGACAAGAGGGUCAAACAGGGACCAUGGACUUUGGACCCGAUGUGGAGAGUUUUGGCGUGCCGUGUGCAAAAGGGAAAUAACGGUUCCCAGAGGCCCUAUAUAAACCCGCAGGGCGCUGGCAGCGAGAUCAGUCAGUCGGGAUCAGUCGUUGAGAUCAGUCAGUCAAGAUCAGUCAUUGAGAAGAGUCAGUCAAGAUCAGUCAUUCAGCAUCAGUCAUCCAGUGGAGAUCAUACAGUCAAGAGCGGGCAGUCAGUCGAGAGCAAGGAGUCGUCGGAGGCAGCGCCGUGGGAGCCUACGAGGAGCAAGAUCGUCACGUCGAGACGUUCGGGAUUGGGAUUACUAGGAAUCUCCGAACUGAGACACAGGUGGCUGAGGUCUAAGGAGGCGCCACACGGCCAAGUUCUGUUCUGUCCUGCCGACGAAGUCCUGGCGGUACGCCUGGAGGGUCUACCAGACUGAGAUUUGAAAUCGAGAGUAGGAAGCCAGAAGGGGGAGAAGUCCCGGAGCGGCGUAACAGAACCCCUAGAGUAGCGAGCCAGAAGGGAGAGAAGUCCCGGAGCGGCGCAACGGAACCCCUAGAGUAGCGAGCCAGAAGGGAGAGAAGUCCCGGAUCGGCGUAUACCCUCGA